UCGCCUGGGGUGUCGGAUAUGCGCUCCUCUCCUGUUUAAUCCUGUUGAAAAAAUCUGAUGCCCUUUUCGCUGGAAAAGCGUUGGGGAGUAGCUCCACCGGACCUGCCAUUUCCCCCUCACUCGAACAAAGCCUGAAGUUGGGACUUGAGGAGUUUUCAGCACCACUUUUUCGUGGACAGCGCUCGCAAUGAAUUCCGGAGCUCGACGCAGCCUCGAAAUGCGUUUGGAUUCCCGCUGGAUACUAUUGAGUUACAGUGUUUAUUCACUGAAAGCACAACCGUAGUUUUUCAGGAAACCUUCUAUUCUCCUAAUAUUCCAGUAAAAAAUGAACGUUUUUUCCUUGGAUAUGGGUCACUCCAUGUAGAUUCCCCGUGGGCAGGAGAGCUGGGAAUUCGCUCUGAAGCCUGUGGACCUGAGACGGCCCGAGGGCUCUGACAUACACCAAAUCCCUGCCCAGGGGAAUGGUGGAGAUUAAAAACUUCUGAUUGAGGUAGAGAGGAAAGAGACACAAAGACAGGGAGGAAGAGACAGAAGAGGAAAAAAGCUUAUCGUACACCUUUGUUCUUGUUAAUGCCCCAAGUGAAGGAUCUCCAAAGAAUAACAGAAGACACAAAAACAGCUGCCCACAACAGUGGUCAAAGGAUGGAGUGAGUAAAAGAAAGAAGCAGGAUUACAUCCCGAGAAAGUGCCAAGCUCAUAUUCUACUCUAAUUGAAUGCCUGAGAGAGGGCAUAGACAUGAGAGGAAUCCUUUUCUGUGAAAACUGCUUCAAGAGGCAGUGCAAUUAACCCUCUGGCCAUCAUAAAAUAAUACCUGGCUAUUGUUGUUUCCUGAUUGCUGGUGUGGAUUCGUGCUCGGAUGGUGAUCAUGUUUCAGCCUCCAGCCUGUAGACCAAAUCAGAAUGGCUGUCAGAGAAAUAUCCACAUUCUGCUGGUGCUGCUGUUGCUGCUUCUUUACAGCUCCCUCAAGGCCUCUUUGGCUGCCAAACCCAAAGGGCCAGGACAAACACAUUUGAACUCCAUCCGCAUUGACGGAGAUAUCUCCUUAGGAGGGCUGUUCCCUGUGCAUGCCAGGGGCCAUGAUGGCAAACCCUGCGGGGAGCUGAAGAAGGAGAAGGGUAUACACAGACUGGAAGCCAUGCUCUUUGCCCUUGACCGCAUAAAUAAUGAUAAUAAUCUCCUGCCUAACAUCACACUGGGAGCAAGGAUCCUGGACACCUGUUCCAGGGACACUCACGCCUUGGAGCAGUCACUCACCUUCGUCCAGGCUCUGAUCGAGAAGGACGGGACAGAUGUCAAAUGCCUCGGUGGGGGGUCGCCAAUCAUCACCAAACCUGAGAGGGUGGUGGGCGUCAUCGGCGCGUCUUCGAGCUCCGUUUCCAUCAUGGUGGCCAACAUACUGCGCCUGUUUAAGAUACCCCAGGUGAGCUACGCCUCUACAGCGCCGGAGCUGAGUGACAACACCCGCUACGACUUCUUCUCCCGUGUGGUGCCUCCAGACACAUAUCAGGCCCAGGCCAUGGUGGACAUUGUUAAGGCCAUGCGCUGGAACUUUGUCUCCACUGUGGCCUCAGAGGGAAACUACGGAGAGAGCGGAGUUGAUGCUUUCAUUCAGAAGUCUCGGGAGGACGGUGGCGUGUGCAUCUCACAGUCAGUUAAGAUUCCCCGAGAACCAAAGCAGGGAGAGUUUGACAAGAUUAUGCGAAGACUCGGAGAAAAUCCAAAUGCAAGAGUCGUCAUACUUUUUGCCAACGAAGACGAUAUCAGGCGACUACUCCAUGCAGCAAAAAAGGCCAACCAGACGGGUCAUUUUAUCUGGGUGGGUUCAGACAGCUGGGGCUCAAAGAGCGCUCCGGUUGAGAACCAGGAGGAGAUGGCAGAGGGAGCAGUCACCAUCUUGCCGAAGCGCCAGUCCAUCAAAGGAUUUGAUAGGUACUUUAUUAGCCGUACACUGGAAAACAACAGAAGAAAUAUCUGGUUUGCUGAGUUCUGGGAGAACAACUUCAAAUGCAAACUCAGCCGUCACGCCGUGAAGAAAGGGUCCGGUCUCAAAAAGUGCACAAAUCAGGAGCGAAUAGGAAAGGACUCGGAUUUUGAGCAAGAAGGAAAGGUUCAGUUUGUUAUAGAUGCUGUAUAUUCGAUGGCUCAUGGCUUGCACAACAUGCACAAAGAACUCUGCCCUGGGAAGGUGGGUCUCUGCGCAAAAAUGGAUCCCAUCAAUGGUACCCAUCUCCUCAAGCAUAUUCGCCGGCUAAACUUCUCAGGCAUAGCUGGCAACCCAGUGCUCUUCAAUGAAAAUGGAGAUGCCCCGGGACGCUACGAGAUCUACCAAUACCAGAUCAGAAACCGAACACCUGAAUACAAAGUCAUUGGUCACUGGACAGACCAGCUACAUCUGAAUGUGCGUUCGAUGCAGUGGCCGGGUGGAGUCCGUCAGGUUCCAACCUCAAUCUGCAGUCAGCCCUGUCAGCCAGGCGAGCGCAAGAAGAUUGUUAAGGGCAUUCCUUGCUGUUGGCAUUGCGAGCGUUGUGAUGGAUAUCAGUAUCAAGCAGACACCUACACAUGUAAAAUGUGUCGCUUCGAUUUGCGUCCCAAUGAGAAUCACACAGGUUGCGUUCCAAUCCCCAUUGUUAAGCUGGAGUGGAGCUCCCCCUGGGCUGUCAUCCCUGUGCUCAUCGCAGUCCUUGGCAUCAUGGCCACUUUGUUUGUGGUGGUCACUUUCAUCCGCUACAAUGAUACUCCAAUUGUGAAGGCAUCGGGGAGAGAGCUAAGCUAUGUGCUGCUAACUGGAAUCUUUCUCUGUUAUGCCACAACAUUCCUGAUGAUUUCUACCCCUGACGUAGGAAUUUGCUCCCUCCGUCGGAUCUUCUUGGGCCUGGGGAUGAGCAUUAGCUAUGCCGCUUUGCUCACGAAAACCAACCGCAUUUACCGGAUCUUUGAGCAGGGCACCAUGUCUGUAAGUGCACCCAGGUUCAUUUCUCCAGCCUCUCAGCUUGUCAUCACAUUCACACUGGCUUCAGUGCAGCUGCUCGGGGUGUGCAUCUGGUUUGGUGUGGAUCCCUCCAAGGCCAUAAUCGACUAUGAAGACCAGAGGACAUCCAACCCUGUGUUGGCUCGUGGUGUGCUCAAGUGUGACAUCUCUGACCUAUCCCUUAUCUGCUUGCUGGGCUACAGCAUGUUGCUCAUGGUUACCUGUACUGUCUACGCCAUCAAAACAAGAGGAGUACCCGAGACAUUCAAUGAAGCCAAACCCAUUGGUUUCACAAUGUACACAACCUGCAUUAUUUGGCUUGCAUUCAUCCCAAUCUUCUUUGGCACUUCACAAUCAACAGAAAAGAUGUGCAUCCAAACAACCACACUAACCAUCUCUGUGAGCCUGAGUGCUUCGGUGUCCCUCGGGUUGCUCUACAUGCCCAAGGUCUAUGUGAUUCUUUUACACCCAGAGCAGAAUGUGCCAAAGCGCACUCGCAGCCUGAAGGCUGUGGUUACCGCUGCCACCAUGUCCAACAAGUUCAACCCCAAGGCUGGACUCAGACCCAACGGAGAGGCCAAGACUGAACUAUGCGAAAGCCUGGAAACACAAUAGGCCAAGAGGGUAUUGGUGUUAAGAAAUAACUUUGGGAGUUUAAGCCUUCUCCACAAAGCAAACCUACAUCAGCUACAGCAACCAUGCAAUCUAAGGGACAAAGGUUCUUAUCUCAAUUCAAGAUUUCCACCCCGGCGGAGAAAAAAAAUACACGCAGUGGAAUUUCACAGCUGAAAAAAAAAAAAGAAGUGUCAUUGUGUAGUGGGAGAUCACACAAGCAUUGCCCAAAGACAUGACACGCUGAGCAGAAUCCACAAAGAGGGGUGGAGAUGGACAAAAGAGACGAAGGGGACAGAUAACUACAAUUUUAAGGUUCCAUCUUCUGUCAACCAAGAGUACACACACGCUGACAAAAAAAGAAAAAUACUAACAGGACAGAGGCCUGGAGACUGAAAGAUGGAGUUUUUCUUUACAUUUCAGUUUUGCCGUCUUUUAGAGACUCUUGUCAUUUUACGCACUGCUGACUGGAACUGACUCCAAAUUUUCUUAGUGUUAUCUUCAAGUACUUUAAAGGCAUCACAAGGGAUUAAUCAACACCAAAAAGGCAUGAAGACAUGAUCCAGUGACUUCUAAAACGGGCUUCUGUUUGUUUUUAUUCAUAAUACAUUCCAGUCUCAUGGCUCAGAUGACUGGGAACAGGGAUCAUCUCAACAAUGCAGCAGAUCUGUACCAGACUACAUGUGUUUUUCUGUCCUCUUUCAGGGUCCAACUGAGUUAAGAAGGACCACAUUUACAUAAGAGGAUAUUUGCCGUUUUUGAGCAUGCCAGUUUCAACAUCCUGUAUUGUGUUGUUUACCAAAUAAAAUAAGGAAAAAAUGAAGAAGAAAAAAAUACAAUAUCUUUGGAAUGCUUUUAAACUUUGUUGCAGCGUUGUUAAAAUUGUUUAGGCACAAGCCUACUGUACGUUCAAAAAUCUGUUCUCAAUUGGUGAAAAGGUCUAGUGAGUGAUUGUUUAUCUGUGCUUAAGUGAGAUCAUGAUUUGUAUUAACAGCUAGCCUAAAAGGCUGCCACUGCCCUCCUCAUACCUGUAUGUACUUUGAAACGGUGGACCACGGUCUGUGUUUUAGCCGUGGGGAUCUCACUGUGAGCCGUCAUCAAGGAUGACCCUUCCAUCACUGCCAUCAGUUACCCUCCUGGCCAUAUGAGAAAACGUAAGGCUGAAGCUUAGCUGUACAGAUCCAUUAGCAAGGGAAUUAAGAUGAAGUACGCCCUUGAGGAGAUCGUACAGCUUGUCCUGAGGAUGAUCUCCAUAAUGGGCCGACUACAGAAAAAAUUCAUUACUGUACAUGUCCUCUUCUGGCACUCUCAUGAUAAGAGGGAGGGGUAAGGAAGUUGUAAAGCUUUUCAACAAAUGAAAAUCAAAUUGCAAAAGAUAUGCUAUAUAUCUAUCAAUCCACCCCCAGCUCGCUGAAUAGAUUAAUAUCUGGCUUUGUGCAGUAUAACAGCCCUCUGAUGUCUUGGAGAAAAUGUUGUGGGGUCAUUUGUGUUGUGAGUUCAGUGCUGCUUCUCAUGCCUCCCUCUUUAUUACUUUCAACACCAUUUGUGUUGCAGAGUAAAAUGUGAGUGCUGACCAAAUUAAAUGGCAAGUUAAUAUAUGUUAUUAAAUAGAUUGAUGAUGUCUGCUUUAUGUCCUGACAUAUCCUAAAAUUGAGGAAAAUGUACAAAAAGAUGCAGUGCCUGGCUAUAUGACUAUGUAUUUGUAAAACCUCAAGAGAACUUAAGAAGUGUGUGAAGCAUGUUUAGUUUUUUUUAUACAAAAUUUAUUAUUUCUAUUAAAAAUGUUUUAAAA